CAUUCCGGCGAGGACAAGUCUGAUGGGGCUGCUUCGUCUUCCACCCGAAACCCUAACUACCAUCACGUGCGGCGGCCAGCUUCUUUGAUAGAGGUCACGUGCGGAACACGAACCGCACACAAAUUGUUAAGCGUAAAAGAAAAAAAAAAAAAAUCUGGAAAUGCAGAAUAUCAACAGAGGCUUGUCUGAAACCCUAGCUCUACUCCUCUUCUUCCUCCAAUCUUUCAUUUGCUGAGCAACAUUUCCAUUUCCAAGGUGUUUUGUUAUUUGCCAGUCCUCUAGAUUGUGAGUCCCUUCUGUAUAGUGCAGCUAGCUCCUUAAAGUUCUAUUAUCAAUAACAGAUAUGUUUGUCUGGGAUCUCCUUUUUAUCAACUUUGGUGGCAUUGAUAAAGAGCUGAGAAUCUUAACAAAUUUAAGACCUUGAAGAAGGCAAACUUUUAUUUCUGUAUGACUCCCUAAUUUCUGUGAGGAGGUUCAAAGUGCUCAUAUAUUUAUUUUCCUUGAACGAGUGUGUGAUAAGUACUGCAGUGUUACAUCAGAUGACUGAAAGUGCUAUGGCGGUAGUCAAACCUGAGAUGAAGUCUUACAUUUGGCUUCAAACUGCCGAUGGCUCAAUACAACAAGUUGAAGAAGAGGUUGCUAUGUUUUGCCCUAUGAUUUGUCGGGAAAUACUCCAAACAGGGAUGGGAUCCUCCAAAAAUUAUGCUAUAUCUCUUCCACAGCGAGUGAAUCCUGCCAUAUUAGGCUUAAUACUUGACUAUUGCAGGUUCCAUCAAGUACCGGGUCGCUCUAAUAAGGAGCGUAAAACAUUUGAUGAGAAAUUCAUUCGCAUGGAUACAAAAAAGCUAUGUGAAUUGACGUCUGCUGCGGAUAGCCUCCAAUUAAAACCUUUGGUUGAUCUAACUAGCCGGGCACUUGCUAGAAUUAUUGAAGGAAAGACUCCAGAGGAGAUAAGGGAGACAUUUCACCUACCUGAUGAUCUCACAGAGGAGGAAAAGUUGGAGCCCCUGCGAAACAUAACAGAUGAUCCACGCAUUCGGCUCUUAAAUCGAUUAUAUGCACGAAAGAGGAAAGAAUUAAGAGAAAGAGAGAAAUUGAAGAAUGUUGAGAUCGAGGAGCGGGUGGAUGAUAGAUCAGUGGAUGACUUAUUGUCAUUUAUAAAUGGAGGAGAUGGAGAUUCAAAGGCAGUUAAAACAAACAAAAACAAAAAGAAAAAUCGGAGGAGAAAAGAUCAACAGAAGGAUUCUUCUUCAACCAAUGAAAAUGGGAACCAUGAUAAAAUAGGGGAGUUGGAUGCUCUUCCUUCUUGUCGCCAGAAUGAGUGUAACAAGAUUUUGGGGGCAUCUCCGAGUAGAACUGUGAAAUCACAGGAUUCGGCAGCUGCUAUUUAUUCACCUAAGAUCGAGUUUGAUGAUGGUGAUAUUUAUGAUGAUCUAGAUCCAGCAAUGAAAGAGGAACUUGACAGGGAAGUAGAGGAUUUUGCAAGAAGAUUGAAUUCAGAUUGGCCAGAAAGAGUGCAAGAAAUUUUAUCGCUAGGCCAAGAAAGAAAACUCGUGACAGUAUUAAAUGGCAAUGGUUCAUCACCGAGAUUCACAAAACAGGUGCUGAUAGGAGGUAGUAGUCUUCCUAUUGGAGUUCGAAGGUAGUAACCAUCUAGAGGCAAUCUGCUUUCUGGUACUUGAACACAGUAGCUCGGUUGAUUCGAAGCGGUCAGAUUCUGGGAGGAGCUGCUGCUGUAAGGAAGAGCAAGAGUUUGCAAGAUUUCAGUGUAAAUGGUUUUGAUGGGAAGAUUUAUAGGGGCAUUAUUUCAUGAGGAAGAUGCAAAUUUUUGUUUUGUGGGAUUUUGUAUGGCAGAGAAAUGAAAGAGAGUCAUAAGAGGAAAAGGGGGGAGGGAGGGGAACAAAAACUGGCGCUGUAUCGCUGAGAGAGAGCACAAUUGGCUCAUCCCUUUUUUUUGAGCCUUUUCAUUUUGUUUUUUCUUUUGUUUGUUUGUAACUUGAGCCAGCAUUAUUUUGGCUUAUAUGUAUUGUUGUUGAAAUUAAUGUCCACUGCAUAAAAAUGGUAUCUUAAUUCUUUCCA